AUGGCCGUCAUCGACGAGCUCAAGGGUGUGAAAGUCACCAUCCAAGUCAAUGGCCAGGAAGCUGUUGAGUACGACGACCCGGAUGGCUUUGAGAACGACGUCAACCGCAAGCACGCAACCCACCGUACCUUCAAAUACAUUGAGUCCAAGGAUGACACCUGCUUCACGGUAAAGUACGAGGUUAAUCACAUGCACCGGUGGGAGAGCCCGAAAAGCGCCUUCUCACUCUACUUAUAUGUCGAUGGCAAGCGCAUGGAUAGUGUCGUUUGCGAGGCGAGUCGCUUCAACUCAUUCGAUCCAUUCUACAAAUGGAGCACAGUUGUUGAGGGUUCUCGAGGAAGCUCAAGAGACCCCUCUUACGAUCGUCUGAGCAAAUUCAAGUUCUCCCAAGUCACUACUGUUGACGAUGCCACCAAGGAGCGCGUCGAGGGAGACUCCAAGAAAGCAAAGUCUCUCGGCGUCAUCGAGGUCUUUGUCUACCCCUUGACCAUUACAGGGCCUUCGUACUCGUCAGGCCACGAGCACUAUCGCGAUAAUCAGAAUUCCAGUUUCAACAUUGCGGAAAAGGCGCUCAAGGGCCGCGCCGUCUCUCACGGUACCUCCUUCACUGACGGUGGAUUUGUUUCCAAGAGGAAGUCAGUGUGCGCUGAAUAUCUCAACGGCGGUAAUCCUAUGGCGUGCUUCAUGUUCAAAUACCGUUCCAGAGAUGCAUUGCAAAAGGAGCUCAUCAUUCCUCGGUCUCCAAGUCCCGAGGCCAUUGACGAGCUUUCCGAGGCCGAUAUCAGACGGCUAGCUGCGGAGCGUCUGGACGAGAUUAACAAUGGACGUCGAUCCGGCACCGUCAAGCUAGAGAGAAAGGGCCCUACCAUCAAACGCGAGUUUGCUGAGAUCUACGACCUCACCGAGGAGCCUGCCAAACGCGAAUGGAAGAAGAUCAAGAUCGACGCCAACAGGGAGGCUAUUGACCUCACCGACGACUAG